CUAUUGUUGGGCAGUUGGCAACUUGGCAUGGAAACCAUACCAUAUUCUUUUCUUUAUUUUUUAUUUUUAUUUUUAAAUUUUUAUUUUUUGUUCCCUUUCCAUAACUGAUAGCAAUACCAAUCCAUAAUCAAAUCCACAAUUAAAUUUACAUUAACAAAAUCCACAACCUCAACCACAAUCUUUCAGAGAAUCCAGUCAAGUCUUGUGAACUUGUGAUAUUGUAGCAAUCAUGAGAUUUAAGAAAGGGAGUAGAGUGGAAGUCUCGUGCAAAAAAGGUGUGCCAUCAGGCUUUUGGCGCUGUGCUGAGAUUAUCAGUGGUAAUGGCCACACUUACACAAUUAGAUAUAAGGGGCACAUAGGCACCAUUGAUGAUACAAUAGUGGAGAGGAUAUCUAGGAAGGCAAUUAGGCCUUGCCCUCCGCUACCUGAAAUUGCAGAAAAUUGGGUUCCUGGUGAUGUAGUAGAGGUGUUUGAUGAUUUUUCUUGGAAAAUGGCAACAAUUUCUAAGGUGUUAGGCAAAGAAUACUUUCUGGUCAGGAUACUAGGAUCAUAUCUUGAAUUCAAAGUGAGCAAAUUGGACAUCCGUAUACGACAGUCUUGGCAAGCUGAUAAAUGGAUUGUGAUUGGAAAGGGUUCUGGCACCUGUGAAGAUAUAAAACAUGAUGAAAGUUCAAUUCUAAAGUGCAAGAGAAACUCUCUGAACAAUGUUCAAAUGACAAAAACAAGGUUACAUGGACAAGUGAAGGAUGCUUGCUUUCCUGUUGUGAACAAGAAGAAAAACCAAGAGUCUAAUAUGGUCUCUUGUAGAACUUUGAAGAGAGGUCAUCUUGCUUAUAAACAAGAAGCGUGUGAUGGUAAUGCCCAAAAAUUUAGAGCAGCUGAGAAAGAAGGCAGGCUGCAUCGAGUGUUUGCCACCAAUCAAUCUUCAUUUCCUAAACAGGUAGAUGAUGUUGCUUUCCCAAAAGAAAUGGUGGGUGAAAAAUUCAUACAUUCUUCUUUUAACUACCAAACUGGCUUUUCGGAGAUGGAUAUGCAAAGAAGAAAACAAGCUGGUGCCAUUGGAUGUUCAUCUGCAAUAGGAUUAGAAUCCACUGAUGAAGAUAGUGUUACUAGCUCAGUUGGUAGUUGUAGCAUUACUAGCAACAAUUUCUGUAAUUUGCAUCAUUAUGCAGGUUUCAUUGAAGCUGUAGACGGUUAUAGUAGUGAUGCAGAAUCUUUCUGCCAGUGGAGAUACGAGGAAGAAAAUAUUCCCUUGCCCACAAAGGAUGAAUUGGCUGCUGAAAUUCAUAGGUUAGAGUUGUAUGCGUACCGAUGCACUAUGGAGGCAUUGUAUGCAUCAGGACCUCUAAGUUGGGAGCAAGAAGCAUUGGUGACAAAUCUCCGUCUUUCCCUCCAUAUAUCAAAUGAUGAACAUUUGAUGGAGGGUCAAAGUAGGAGGCUUGUAGACCUCACUUUCCCAUGUUGAAAGAUGAUGUUGGGGUUUGCUAUGUUGCCUUGGUCUAAAAAGUUGGCUAAUUCAUACAGCACAGUAUGUUCAGCUACUGAAUUUUGGUAAUUUAUGUGAUUACCAAUUUUCCAUACUAAGGAAAAAAAAAAUCCUUUAUGGUUUCUGUGUAAUGCUUGUCAUUUGCAGGGAUCCAUUAAUUUUGUGAAGAAUGUGAAUUGGGAAUUUAUUGAAGCUUUGCUGAGAAUACAUCAAACUCCAAAUCAUUAUCUUUGAAAAGCAUGUAGCAAUGAAAGUAGGGCAAAUGUUCUAUUAGAACCAUAAAUAAUGGAUCUCUGUGUGCAAAUUUUGAAUGAUUAUCAAACAAGCAUAAGCCUUUCCUGAAGCUUGGAGUGUCGAAUUAAUCCUGGCAGGAAUAAUAUGUUGGGGAGCAACAAACUUCUCUGAGGGGGGGAAAAAUGGAAAAUACUGGCAAAGUGCCUUCUCUGACUUGGAAGCGAAUUAAUUUUAACAAGGAACUGGAUGAUAAGUUUCUGUCAACUUAGUAAAGAUGAAGUGAAAAUAUAUGAUCACAAGAUAAUAUUAUUGAUCUCACAAGCGGUCAAUAGGAGGGAAGUGAGAUGUCAUGUGCAAUUUGCGGAACUGGGCUGAAUCUGGAACACUGGCUGCAGGUUGUCCAUGGAUUACUUUGUGGCAUGUACUUCAUCUUUGAUGGGAAUAUCAUUGUACUCUGAUGUUAUGUAGUGCAAGUUGGUGUAUUAUGCUAAUGUCAAUCCUUCAAAUACAGGUUUUAUUGGACCGAUCAAGCCAAAAUAUCAACCACUUGUGACAGAUUGGAGAAGACUUCUCAUGAGUUUUAAAUUAGAGUCAUGAUGUGUGAUGUUAGAGCUACAAGGUACAUGGAAUACACAGUUGGGAAAGAAAUUUGAAAGGAUUUAUAUAUUAAUGUUUGUUUGUUCA